AUGAAACUCGUUCUCGUGUUCUUCGCUUUCAUCGCCGUCUCCCUGGCCGUCGUCUGCAAGGAGUGCAAAACGUUGGCGCAGAUAGUUAUUGAUCAGCAUCCGACUAAUCAAAGUGAAUGCCUGAAAUUCUACAACGACGGUACGAAGAAGGCUUGCGAGAAUUGGGUCUGGAGCUAUCCGUGCAUAAAGGCGUUAGCGGCGGUGGACACUGACGUUUGUGCCGAUAUUCUGAAGGGCAGCAGCGCCAACGACGCUUGCGAGGGACGCCCGUUUUGC